CAAAACAUGUCACUGAAACUGAAAGCUAUGAAAUCACUUGGUUUACCAGUGACCGAAAAUCCAGAUGAUUUCAUAAGGUGCAACACUACUGAUGAGCAGGUAGAUCGUCUCCUCGCGGAGUUACAACCAGGUCUAGUUCAGUUUGAAGAAUGGAACAGAGUAGAGACUGACGGGAGAAAGAAGAUUAAACUCACAAACGUAUCACUGACAAGGCCAGAGUUUAUCUCUCAUUGUAAAACCAAUAUCCGGGAAUUCCGAGAGCAUGUAGAGCGCAUCAAAAAGCAGUUUGAAGCCAUUCUGGAAUGCAAGAAGGAUUUGCCUCCUGGAGAAUGUGUUCUUCAAAUGGACUUUGCUGAAAACUAUACGUGUGUUCCUCUAGAAGAAAUUCAAAGUGCUUACUGGACGCAGGAAAGUGUAACAAUCCAUCCCAUCGUAGCCUAUUUUCGUGACGGAAGCACAGAGAGUAGCAAUCUCAUUCACAAGAGCUUUGUUGCUGUGUCUGAUGAAAAGGGGCAUAACUCAUCCAUGGUCAUCGCCAUCCUGAAGAAAGUGGUUCCGAGACUCAAGGAAUUGAUUCCCAAUCUAUCAAAAAUCCACUACUGGACGGAUGGUCCUACUUCCCAAUAUCGGAACAAAACGAUUUUCUCUCUUGUAGGGGAUCACAGCAUUGUUUUCCCUGGAGUCCGUGCCCAGUGGAACUUCUUUGAAGCUGGGCAUGGAAAGGGUCCUUGUGAUGGCAUUGGAGGUACCGUCAAGCGCAUGGCUGACAAUGCAGUCAAACGCAAAGCAGUCAUACAAGACGCAAAGGAUUUCUUCACAUGGGCGACCCAAGGGCAUGGUUGUGAGACUAAUUCAAAGAUAGAAUAUUUCUUUGUGACCAAAGAGGAGUGUUCUUCAAGCAGUGAAUUCAUCACUCAGCAGUGGGGAUCUGUAAAAUCCUUUACAGGAACUCUGCAAGUGCAUGCUGUCAUUGGAAAAGAUAAAGGAGUUCUCUUGAGAAAUGUAUCCUGCUAUUGCACAAAGUGCAGAGAGGAUAACCCUGCUGAAAGCAUGUCAACUGGGCCAAUGUGUGAUGGAUGCCAGCUUCGCCGUUUUGUGACGGGUAGACCUACAAAGAAAUCUGAGGCAUCGGAUAAGGACAAGCCAAUUCCGAGAAGUCAACUAGCAACAUGAAGGAGCCAUCAACGAGCACCACAGUACUGCCAAGUUACGACACAGAUGACUGGAUUGCCGCUGUGUACGACCAACAGUGGUACUUGGGUAAAGUGUUGGAAUCUGAC